AUGACGAGGUAUUGCACGGUGGUGCCCAUUUCCGGACCCAGAAGGGUAUUAAGGAAAACAUAUUUGGAGGGCUAUACAAUUCCAAAGAACACCACUGUUUUAAUAAAUCUUCAUUCACUCCACAACGACAAAUCGCAGUGGCGACACCCGGAAAAAUUUCUUCCCGACAGGUUUUUAGACGAAGAAGGCAAUUUGCUGUCCCACGAGGGGUUGAUUCCCUUUGGUUUAGGUCGACGAAAAUGUCUGGGUGACUCUUUGGCCAAGACAUGUAUAUUUAUAAUAUUUGCGGAAGUGUUGAGGAGGUAUAGCGUCGAGGCAUGCGCUCCUUCUACCGGAAAAACCGUAUUCGGGCUCACGGCGGCACCCGAAAAGUACAAAGCGAAAUUCACGCCCAGAUUUAAGUAGUAUUUUUUUGUAAAAUAUUUAAAGCAAGCAAAAAAUAAAUACAUAC